AUGGGGGACUCGGCACUAAAAGGGAGCAGAUCCCAGCCCAGAGACCCCCGCCCAACCACGCACUCUCCCUCCUCCCCCUUCCUGAGUACUCACGCGCAUCCCGCCUAGUUCUUUCUUCUUUCCUAGUGAUAGCCAAACUCGCCACCAAAAAACAAAAUCGGCUUCCAGUAUUAUUUUGAAGCUCCGCAAUAAGAAACACACCCCCUUUUCAGUUUCCGAAUCAAGUAGAGAUUAUAUGGACUACUAUUCCAACCAGCGCCCGUACGCCCACCAACCAGCGUCCAACCCUACAGCGCCGCUGUCGGCGGGCCCCCAGGCGGCCCGGCGCACCUACCCGGCAGUGCAGCGGGCGGUCUCGCCGCCGCACUCGCUCGGGUACCGCAAGCCGAACCGGAGCAUACCGGUGGGGAAAGGCCCGCAGCCGUUUGUGUAUCCGGAGCUCAAGACUGCGUAUCUGUCGCCGCCACCCAUCGAGCCGCUGCAGGCGGCAGCACCGGCUUGCUCGCACGCGUAUUCUGUGGCGCCGCAGCAGUACGCGUAUCCCCAGUACACGCCCGCUUAUGCGCUGCCGGCGGGGCCCGUGCACCCCGAGCAUGCGUCCUACCAGGCGCAAGCGUACUCGCAGCCAGCGUAUUCGCAGCCGCCUGCCUACUCGCAGCCGCUGGCCGCGUCGCCGGUCUACCCGCAGCUGCACCACCACCAGUCCAUGCAGGCGCUGGGGGCGUGGGCGGGCACUCAGCCGAAAGAGACACGGCCGCUGGUGGCCUACCAUCGCCACUGGGAGCGGCAGCAUGCGUCAUCGCAGUUCGUCAAGCUGUUCCACUGUCUUGAACCCGUGGGGCUGCUGAGUGCAGCGGAAAAGAGUUCUGGCGCCGCGCGGAAGGGAAAUCUGCUGCCGCUGUUCAAGGCCAACGAGGAGUGGAUUAUGCCAGGUAAUGUAUGCUGUCUUGGGGGUGCCUCUAGCUUGAUAAUGCAAUAUGCGGGGAGACGUGAAACGCUAAUUGUCAUUUUUCUGCUGUUCUUUAGAUGUUGGCAUGCCGCUGGAGAAUCGCCCGGGCUACCGCUGCAUCAUGACUCAGUGGCGACAAGAUCCUCAGCAAGGGUGCUCUCUACAUGUCCACCACUGGCCAUGACGCCUCCGCAUACAUCCGGAAUGCAAGCACGUCUCACCCCAUCCACAUCCUGCGCCUGUGGAUCGACAUUGCCCCCUCGGCCACGCCGCCCGAGCUCGACAAUGACAGUGGCGUGAACCUGGCUGACCGCCCGUACUCGCCGCAAAAGCACACUGCGGGAUUCUCCGACUUUUCGCACUCUCUGCGCUACAUCACCGAUUCGGACAAGCGCAACUGCCUUUUGAC